UUGCCUCAGUCGCUUUCGAAGAUGCUGCGCCUUCUGUUCUGUCUGGGAAUGGGCAUACUCGGCUGUCAGGCCGCCUGCAAUGUCUGUUCUUCCUGGUCCAACACGGCCUGUGUAUCGGAAACUUCCUUCAAAUUUUGUAAUGAAGCAGCAUUGCUAAUUGGUGACGCAACCCCCUGCAAAAAUGGCUUUUAUUGCACGGGAGAAGCUAUAGUUUGUCAGAAUAGCCCGGCACUCACUGCCUGCAUCACAGAGAUCAACAGCAGCAGCACAGAGAGCACCACGGGCACUACAGAGUCCAACACGAGCAGUGCAGAGAGCACCAAGAGCCCUACAGUGACCUCCAGCAGCAGCACAGAGAGCACCACGGGCACUACAGAGUCCAACACGAGCAGUGCAGAGAGCACCAAGAGCCCUACAGUGACCUCCAGCAGCAGCACAGAGAGCUCCACGGGCACCACAGCUACCAUCACCAUUACAGCGAGUACCCCAACCCCAGAAACCACCACCAUUGCAGCGAGUACCCCAACCACCGUGGAUCCAGCAAUCAUUGAUAUAUGCAGGAUCAAGGCCACCACGGGUCGCUAUACCAAUCCCAAUGAUUCUACCGGCCGGAGUUACGUAAUGUGCUUCUAUCGGGGUUCUACCUGGUCAGGAGCUGUCUGGGAAUGCCCUUUAGCGAAACCCUAUUUCAAUAGCACUACUUCUGUGUGCUCUUCAACGAAACCUUCUAAUUGUGUGUGAUAUGAUAUAUCUUUUAAGAAUUAUGCACUAAAGUUUAUUCAAUUACACAUA